ACCAAUAUGGCAGCGUCCUUGACAGCAGGCAUGUUUUGAAUACAGUCAGUGUCAAACAUGCUCAACAGAUACAAAUUUUCGGGCGGUGCGAGUGGAAAGAGAAGCUUGUGAGAGCGGAACAUGGAGAGACGAGAGUUUGUAGCGUCCUUGGUGGCAGGGGGCUGUGCAGGGAUGUGUGUGGAUCUGACCCUCUUCCCCCUGGACACCAUUAAGACAAGACUGCAGAGUCAGCAAGGCUUCUACAAGGCAGGGGGCUUCAGGGGCAUCUACGCCGGAGUCCCAUCUGCUGCUGUCGGCUCCUUCCCCAAUGCCGCUGCUUUCUUUGUCACCUACGAAUGCACAAAGUCCCUGCUCGGCGCCGGCGGACUGCUAGCAGCACCACACGUGGCACCUGUCACUCACAUGCUGGCCGCCUCCCUGGGAGAAAUAGUGGCGUGUCUGAUCAGGGUGCCCACAGAGGUGGUCAAACAGAGGACCCAGACUUCUCCCUCAUCCACCACCUACCACAUGCUGCUGGCUACACUCAAAGAAGAGGGAGUCCGAGGCUUGUACAGAGGAUUUGGGAGCACGGUUCUCCGAGAGAUCCCGUUCUCGCUGGUGCAGUUUCCACUUUGGGAAUAUUUAAAGACUCUGUGGUCACGGAGGCAAGGUCACACGCUCUACUCUUGGCAGGCUGCAGUGUGCGGAGCUUUUGCAGGUGCGGUAGCGGCAUUUGUUACCACUCCUCUUGACGUGGCGAAGACCAGGAUCAUGCUCGCUAAGGCCGGGUCGACCACAGCGAAAGGCAACAUCCCGCAGGUGCUCUACUACGUAUGGAGGAGCCAAGGCCUUUCAGGUCUGUUUGCGGGCAGCAUACCGAGGAUAACCUUCAUCAGCGUGGGCGGCUUCAUCUUCCUGGGCGCCUAUGAGAAGGUCCGCCGCUCUUUGCUAUAGCAGCCCGUCCUCUGUGACCGUCCUGUGACGUAGUGGAGCAACAGCAGGAGAAGCAUCUCUCAAAGUAGCACCCUCGUCCCCUGGAGGCCCCAUGUGCCUCCAUGCUGCUGGGCCCCCGAGAAGCAGGGAACACCUGGUGCCCGGGGGGAGAGUCGUCCACGGGCCUGAUCGCAUUACCCGGAGCUCUGCAUUCCUGCUCAUCAGUGUCCUGAGUUAGCAGCCUGAGCUCACACUCCUGUAACAGCACCAGCAGUUUGGUGAACUGGAGCCGCACCCUGUCGCACAAGACUAGCAAUGAAGCAUCUCUACUGUUUAAUGUGUGUGUGUGAAUCAAUGAGUUAUGGUAUUAAAGACUGUCUCUUUUUAUGCUUUGA